AUCUCUUAUGUUUAUUGGAAUUUGAAAACUCGUUAUCCCGCUAAUAGUUUACUUCAAACUAUGUUUAUUCAUGCUCCAUUCUCUUUAUAUCAUGCUUGGAUUUUAAUAAUUGCAAUUCUUACAAUAUACGCAACUUUUACGCCUGAUAGACCGAUUGCUUAUGAUCCUGUCGCUAUUGAAACUGUCAAUAACGAAGCAACUAUUGAAGCAGCUACUGUUUAUUAUGAAAGUCCUAGUAUAUUUGUUCAAAUUUUAGUGAUUUUAGGACUUCUUUUCAUGGAGUGCACAGCGAUUGGUUAUAUCGAGAAAUUUAAAGGCGAUCUUGCUGGAGCAGCUGUAAUUGCUUGGACUUUAUAUGGAGUUUGGAGUGAACAACAAGAUGCUAUUAUACGUUGGACUGCUUUUGCUCUUGCCGUAGUUACUACAAUUCAUAUCUUAAAACCUCUUACUUUGAAGUACGUUUUCAAGAGAGGGGAUGCUCCUAUAUUUGGUUAA